UGGCUUCUUGGUCCACAGACCGAUUGUCCCAAACUUUAAAUCCUUCCUGAAGCUUCUCCCUUAUCUGCGGCGCGAGAGCGAAAGCAGAAGCCGAUGGCAGAGGCGAGCGAGAAAUGAAGUAUGAGAUAUGGUACUGAUGACCGAGCAGGCGGACAGACCUCUGACCCCGUUAUUCUCAGCAGAACAACUUCCCUGCAAGGACUCCCAAGGGAACCGCUCGACGUCUGAGGUGGACAAUGGAGGCGAAGGGAGGCAGCGGAAGCGCGGAAGGUCACCUGCAGACCUCCAGCUCUGUCUGGAGACAGCGUCCGACCAGUCCAAGAGCAGGAGGAAACCAAUCGGCAUCAGACUGAAACCUGUGGAGCAGCUUUCGCCAGUGCGCUCCAGUUUAAGUCCAUGUGACUUAGAAACAAAGUUUGAAAGGAAGAAAUGGCAGCCUACCCAGUUGUCAAAAACAAACACCCAGUUCCAUAAGUUAUUUAAGGAGGUCAGCAAAGAUGAGCAGCUCAAGCAAAGUUACACUUGUGCCCUCCAGAGAGAUAUUUUGUAUCAGGGCAAGUUGUUUGUCUCUGAUAACUGGAUCUGCUUCCACUCCAAAGUCUUUGGCAAAGAUACCAAGAUUUCAAUCCCGGCGAUGUCCGUGAAACUUAUCAAAAAAACGAAAACAGCGCUGUUAGUGCCAAAUGCCCUCGUGAUCGAAACUCCGAGUGAUCAGCAUGUGUUUGUGUCAUUCCUCUCUCGAAACACCACCUACAAGCUCCUGAAGUCAAUCUGCCUUCAUUUAGAGGUGGAUAAGUCUUGUGGCAGCCCCGUGACUUCCUCUUGUGAAAACAGCUUCAGAAUCAAGUGCCCAUCGUCACUUCCUCUGGACUUUUCUAGAGACUUCUCUGACCUCGAUGGAGUUGUGCAGCAGAGACGGCAGGAAAUGAUGGAGAGCAGCAGCUCCGGGUCUCAGACUCCAGAUUAUGACAAGUUAGCUGACUUCAGCGGCCUCCCAGGCACAUUUCUGAACACAGCGAAGAGCGGAGAAGUUUCAGUCCACGCAGAUAUUCACCUCCAGACUCCCAGCCAAAAGCACGGACCCGCCCUCAAGAGCGACCCAAGCAAGCCAACGCGGGGAGCUGCUCCAAAAGACAAGUCCUCACAGCCGAUGUCGUUACAAGCCAUCCUCCUCAUCUAUAUGUUUCUAGUCGGCGUUCUUGUCUUGUCCUCCUGUUACAUGGCGUUCAAGAUUGUGGCUCUCGAGCAACGUUUGAACUCUUUGGUUUCGACAGGAGAACAUAUGUACAGUGACAACACUGGGAGCCAAAGGUCACAGGAUGAAGUGAAUGCUGAGAUCUACGGGGAACUGUCGACCAACCUGUUCAAGCUGGAGAAGAUUCAGAAAAACCUCCAGAAACUCCUGGAGGAGACUUAAAAGAAGACCGUGGUCUGUUGUAGUGUCCACACAGAAGAGCGAGUGCUGUGCAGAAGAGAUCGUGCUUGAGCUGUGCAGAUCAGCCGUGAUCAGAUUUGGUCAUAACUCUCUUGCCAAAGCAUGGACAGCUCAUACACAAAGCAUUCUUUAGACUGUGUGAAGUGAAAUUGUGCAAUAAUGGCUUCUUUCCCUUUUGCACUCAGGACUAUUUGAUCACUUUUUUUUUAAACAAAAAGCUGUGCUGAAGCAGUGUGCUAGUUUGCCAGUGGUAGUGUUAGCGAAGUGACUAUGUUUUAUUUAUUUAAUAGCUUUCAUGUUACAUUUCACAGUAGUAAGAUUGUUAAUAAGUUGUCAGGUCCAAAGGUUCUAUUUCAUGUCAAGGUCAAUGUUUUUGUCAGCAUUAAAAUGUCAGUAAGUUAUAUUUUUAUCAUGCUUAUGAUUCACUCAUCAAAAGAUUGUACAACAGUCAGCUUGAUCUUAUGGUGUGAUGUCAACAGAUAUGUAUAAAUAUACACUUUGCUUUGUGAAAUCACACAACAGUAAGAGCAAAUCAGAGUUUAAAAUAUAUUUUUUAUUGUAAGUGUGGAAUUUUUACUUUUCAUACGAACCAACUGCUGUUUAAUUCAGAUGCAAUUGUAUAGUUUCUCAAACCUAGCAGCGUGUACUGCAUUUACCCUGUUCCCAUUCUGUUUUCACUUUGUUUGUGUGUAUGAAAAACAAAAAAAAAAUUGUGUUUAACUUUAGUUGUGACCCUUCAGAUCACAGCUUGUGCCUUUGUGAUUGUAUCACAGCUCUAAAAUAAACGGUUUUUCAUGAAGUGUUUCUUGAAACUGGCGUUAACAGCUUUUGUACUUAUUAAGGAGCACCAGGUUACAUAAGGCUGAUCGCUCAGCCAGGUGACACGCCUGCAGACCACAGACAAAUGAAUGCAAACAGCACCGAUGUAACCUAAGAACAUGAUGACUGGCUUGAAUACCUGCUCACAGCGGUGAAAGAAGAACUCUCUUUACUACAGUGUACAA